GAAACUAAAGGAGCGGGAAGCUAAUAUACGUGUCAAACGUGUGUCCAAACGACGAACAUGACUUUUACUGCCUAUUUAGAGAAAGUUACAAAUGAGGCCCCAGCGGCAGAAAAUGCGCGAUACGACGUUUUGGGGCUCAGCCUGGAAUCUCGUUGGGCGCUGGACUUUUUCUCUGUGCGCAGUGAGACCUCCGCACGCAGAAGAUCUCUGGCUGCCCGAGAACUUCCUCGGCCUCUUUCUGCUGCUGCGUUUGUUCUUCUGCCACUUUUGCUUCAGCAUGUUGAGGUUGAGAAGCUCCUCGCUGAGAUCAGCUGCUGCGCUGAUCUCACCUGCUGCUGCUGCUGCUGCUGCUGCUGCUCAGCCUCGUGUGCACCUUUCGACCGACGCCCAGCAGAAACACAAAACCUUUUAUGAGUUCCGCACCUACUGCAUUCGUCCAGACCAGAACGCCGCCUUCCUCAAAUUGACUAAUGAGAAGAUCCACCUGCGCACCGCCCACUCUGAGCUGAUUGGCUACUGGAGCGUCGAGUACGGCAGUCUGAACCAGGUUUUCCAUAUAUGGAAGUAUGAGAGUUACUCUCAGCGGGCAGCAGUUCGGGCAGCCCUGGCUCAGGACCCCUCCUGGAUCUCAGAGUACAUCUCCAAGGCGAUGCCAAUGCUGACGUCUCAGGACAACGAGGUCACCUACCUGGUUCCCUGGAGCCGCCUGCAGAGGCCGCCACAGGAGGGUGGUGUCUAUGAGCUGGUUUCCUACCAGAUGCGUCCCGGUGGUCCGACCGUUUGGGGCAACGCCUUCCAGGCUGCUCUAACUUCCCACGAUGCACCGGGAUAUGGCACGCUGGUGGGAGCUUUCCACAGCGAGUUUGGCCAGCUGAACAGAGUUCACGCCCUCUGGUGGUUCGAGAGCGCCGACCAGCGAGCUGAUGUUCGACACAAAUCUCACACCGAUGCCAGAGUGGUCGCCGCAGUCAGAGACAGCGUCGUCCAUCUUGACUCUCAGAAGAAUAAACUCAUGUUUCCGUGUCCUUUCUCUCCGAUGAAGUAACUUCCUGUCCUCACACCUGCGUCUCCACGGCAACAGAGACGAACACCGUAAACCAACUUUAACAUGUAAAGCUGAUCUUAAUCUUGGCCCCUGUGCAGCAGAAACAAGGAACCGAUCCUUUACAAACAUUACUUAAGUAAAAUAACAUUUAUCAUCAUAAAAAAACGAUAGUAAUUCCGAUUUGUGCUUCAUGUGAAAAUCACCAAAUAAUAAAACGACACGAACGACAUGAACUCACACAACAUUUAUCUUAAUUUAUUUAUCUGUGUCAUUAUUGUCCUCUAUCAGUGUGUUAACAGAUCAAUGGUGACAUGGCUAUUCUAUACAUUUAGGGUCUGCAGAACAUGUUU